UGUUCCAAUGAAACCUCCCGUGAUUGGUCUGUUUGAGCGGCGAGUGCCCACGUCUCAUUAAAUCCUGAAAUAAAGGCUCCGAAACUUCUCAAGUUUAAGUCACUAGUAUUAGAAUUGUACAGUGUUUAUAUUUAUAACACACUGUGUUUUCUUCAUAGUUACAAACAACUGCGAAAAUGGAACAGUUCAUGGGUAAAUGGAAACUGACAAAAAGUGAGAAUUUUGAGGAGUACAUGAAAGCAAUAGGUGUCGGAUUUGCUUCCAGGCAAAUGGCUAAUUUAGCCAAGCCGAGCCUGGUAUUCAGCGAGGGUGACGGGGGUCUCAUAUCUAUGAAAUCCACGACCACGUUCAAGACCGUGGAAAUAAAAUUCAGGCUGGGCGAGGAAUUCGGUGAAAUCACCGCGGAUGACCGGCAGGCAAAGAGCACCAUGAGCCUCCUCAACGGUAAACUCAUUCAGAGCCAGACGUGGGAAGGCAAGACCACGACAAUCGAAAGAGAGAUUCAAGACGGCAAGCUGAUCGCGAAGUGCAUCAUGGGUGACGCGGUGUCUCUGAGGACGUACGAGAGAGAAGACUGAGCCGCGGUUAGCAGCUUGCUAGGCCAUCCCGCCGUUACAAAUACGAAUGAAAAGAAAUAAAAUUAAAGUUCAAGCAUAUUGUUUUUAUGCAUGCUUUAUAUACUCUCCCUGCAGUAUCUAUCUCUGUCUCUGUUUGUUACCUUGAGCUAAACAUGUUGCCGCACGUCAUGUAUUGAAAGUGUUAUGCCUCCCCACCCUCUUACGAAUCAAACGUGUUUUGCAGAAAUAUCUCUGCAACCACUAAUCAUCAUGCAGCAAAACAAGACCAUCCCCAAUGCUGCUAUUAUUUUUUUUUUUACCAGGAUUUUUUUCUUCUUCUAAAUAUUCAUUCAUAGGAAACGUUUACAUAAGAGAAAUGUUCCUCCUCCUAAUUACCUGGAAGGUAUUUGCAUUAAAGGCAAACACCACCUGACUUCAAAUCAGAGCUCUGCGUGUUACAAUGGAAAGAGAUCUGCCAUCCAAUAGAAAUACAAACAUGUGAUGUUAAUCCUUUUUGAGCCUUUGUACAAUGACCUUCUGAACUGAAAUCCUUAAUACCUCAGGAUUAGUGAUGGUCUGGUAGGCAGAAUGAAGUUGCUGGAGGGUCAGUGUGAAUCUUUUUCUUUUUUUUUUUUCUUCUUUUUUUUUUUGGUGUGACUCUGACUUUCUCAUGAAUGUACAGCUUCCCUGCAUGUCUAAUCUUAAUUUUGUCAAAUUUAAUAGCAUUUUAAUUAGGUUAAUGUUUUUCAAACAAAAAGAAUAAAUAUAUAUUCUAAACAUUUGCUUAUUUAAAAUUAAAAAUGAAUAAAUGUGUGAUUUGUCCAUAUAUGGUUCAAUUUAAAUUAUGAUCUAAAGCAUUCUGUAAUAUGAAUAAUAAAAGAACACACUUUUA